AGCAAGGCCUUCUCUGACCCGGCCGCGUGCAAGGCCCAUGAGAAGACGCAUAGCCCACUGAAGCCGUAUGGCUGCGAGGAGUGUGGCAAGAGCUACCGGCUCAUCAGCCUGCUGAACUUGCACAAGAAGCGGCACUCGGGCGAGGCGCGCUACCGCUGCGAGGACUGUGGCAAGCUCUUCACCACCUCGGGCAACCUCAAGCGCCACCAGCUGGUUCACAGUGGGGAGAAGCCCUACCAGUGCGACUACUGCAGCCGUUCCUUCUCCGACCCCACCUCCAAGAUGCGCCACCUGGAGACCCAUGACACUGACAAGGAGCACAAGUGCCCACACUGCGACAAGAAGUUCAACCAGGUGGGGAACCUGAAGGCCCACCUGAAGAUCCACAUCGCGGACGGGCCCCUCAAGUGCCGGGAGUGCGGGAAGCAGUUCACCACCUCAGGGAACCUCAAGCGGCACCUGCGGAUCCACAGCGGGGAGAAGCCGUACGUGUGCAUCCACUGCCAGCGGCAGUUUGCCGACCCUGGCGCUCUGCAGCGGCACGUCCGCAUCCACACUGGCGAGAAGCCGUGCCAGUGCGUGAUGUGUGGCAAGGCCUUCACCCAGGCCAGCUCCCUCAUCGCCCACGUGCGCCAGCACACCGGGGAGAAGCCCUACGUCUGCGAGCGCUGCGGCAAGAGAUUUGUCCAGUCCAGCCAGCUGGCAAAUCACAUUCGCCACCAUGACAACAUCCGCCCACACAAGUGCAGCGUGUGCAGCAAG